ACCAAUCAACCAUUCGGAACAAACAUCCACCCGACAACCAUCCAGAUAUCAGACCCGAAGUAGAGAAGAAGAUCGAAUACAUCGAAAUGGCAGUAGCGCACGAUGAAGCGACGAUGGAUCUGAUCAAGACGCGAAUAUCGCAUUCGGAGAGACCAUUAAUCCGACUGAUGCGGACGUUCUACAAGCUGACGAUGAUCCCGACGGGGAAGGAGGCAGAAGAAGAAGGAGGAGCCGGUGGAGAAAGAAAGAGGGAGGAACUAGAGAUCAUCCAUAUGAGCUUCAUACUCGAACUGCGCCAACUGGUCAAGACUUUGAAAGAGGUCAAAGGCUCCAGAGCCGUCCUCCUUAAUCACUCCGAAUCUCGCCAGCUACAGGUCGAGAAAACCCGGCUCGAAAAUCACGCCUUGGAUGAGAAACUUAAGAUCAAUCACUUGGAAUCUCUCUUGGAUCAGGCUCGACGAGAGCGCCGUAAUAAGAUCCAGUACGAGGAAAUCGGGAAGGAAGUCCGUCGGUUUAGUGAUCGAUUCCAAAGUGCUGAUCGGAUUAAUGGUCUGGCGCGUGAGAUCGAGAGCUUGCUAGAAGAGCAAGGAUUCUAUGCCGAACGAUGGGCCUCGAGAAGGGCACAAUUUGACACGGUCAUUUCGAAGCUCGAAGUAUUACAAGAGAGCAUCAAGGAAGAGAAAGCCGAUGCGGAUCGGAAGAAAGCGUUGAAUGAUGACGAGUCGGAUGAUGGGAAUAUUGGGGAAGAGGGUGGGGAAGGAUCCGGCGUGCCGAAAUCGGGCGGUGGGGAGGAAGCAGAGACGGAUGAACGAGCGGAUGGCCGGACGCAGAGGCCGACCGAGACGGGAGCUCGAGAGGGGAGCCAGCCGGUGAGGAAAGUUGGGGAGCCGAGCUCGGGCUUGAAUCCGCAAGCGGCCAGUUUCGAGCCGCCUUCGACUUCUGAGCAGCAGCACACGGGCGAGCGGGCGGAGGACCGGAUGAAGAUUGACAGUGGCUCCGAAGGGCUCUCGCAGAAUCCGUCGUCUGGCGGUGUCACCUCCUCCUCUGAACUUGUCCUGAAGACCGACGGCCAGCCAAUGGAGAUCGACGGCUUCGAGCCUUCGGCAACGGCCGGCUCGAUCGAAGGAGCGGCCGAAGACGGCUUGGUCUUCGAGCGGGCUACAAUGGAAGAUGGCGAGGAAAUCGAGGAGGCCGAGGAGGGCGAGGAGAUGGAAGAUCAAGCUUGAUCCGCUCCUCUGGCUUCCCCCAACCGUCGAUUUCUCCAAUGUAUUUCUUCCUUAAAUCGCUGCCUCUAUUCAUCUCAGUACUUACAUCCACUUCAUCAGUCACAAGUCACAUGAGUUCCUAGUGAUACCAAAAGACCACAUCAAUGUCCUUUCUCAUCAUGGUCACAUGCCAAGGAAAUAUAGAUCCCAAAACAGAAGACCUUGAUUUUCCUAAGGAGUUGGACAGCUAUAAGAGAGCGGAACUGUCUCGAAUAUCAUCCACAUGUUCUCAUCGUGAUCGGAGUUCGUCUGUGCGGCACUCAAGCGCCGUUGCAUGUAUUUCAUGAUAUCGAGGCUGAGGAUGAUGGGCUGCCAAAGUGUAUAUUGUGAAAGUACAUGAUGUUUCAAAACAUGAUCUCGAAUUCUGAAUCUCCUCCAAAAAGGAAAGUCCUGGUGUAUGGAUAGUAUUUCUUAUCUUCAUUACCAUCUGCUAUGUAUGCAUGUCAUACAUUAAUGUUAUCAUUGAUAUCUUAUCCUAAUUUACCAUAAUCAUUAGCAUGAUCAUUAACUCAUUAAAAUCCAAUAUAUGUAUCCAACCAGACCACAUUGUUAACAACAACAAUAAACCGCACAGGAUGUUAUGUAAUCCAAGCAAACAAAAAGGAAAAGGGGGGCAUCGACAGA